UUCUUCUGAUCCAAUUACUCAUAUUUUGUCUAUUUGGAUGAGUCAUUUUGAUAACGAGAAAGUAUUUAAUGCCACUUAUUGGUCACAACAACUUAGUUUUUGGUUUGCAGGCAUUAUUGUCUUCAGUUCUGUUAAAGGAUUUUUAAGUCUUUUGACAAAGAUAGUAUUACGAUUUCAUAUCAACAACAACAAACAAAGGAGAACAACGACAUGUAGUUAUCCUAUUUUACUUUUUAUUACUUAUUUAAUGGGAAUCUAUUUUAUUAGUUCAGUAUUGAUGAUGCAGUUCAACCUACCUCCAGAAUAUAGAUUUUUAAUUUCAUCCUCUUUACGGUCAAUUGAAUUUGAUUAUUUUAAACGAUGGUCUGAUAUUAUAUUUAUUAUAUCUUCAUUUAUAUCUUUUAUCAUCAUUAAUGUCAUGUACGUUACUCACGAUGCUAAAAGUAUGAUUCAUGAUUUUAAAGAUGUUGAAUUAUACACUUUUGAAAAUGGUGGCUUAUAAGAACCCUAUCCUCUCGCAUGAAUU